GAAUAUUAAACAGGUCUGUCUUUAUCAGUCCAGGUACUUCUUGCUCUACGUUGUUAAUCAUUAGUCUUAAAAGUGUCUGCUGUUGCUAAAAUACUUUUUUGCUGGUGCUGUUGCAUUUUCAGAAUGUGAGUUGUGUUUUUCCUAUAUAGAAAAAUGCAAAUUGUUUUGUGACAAGUGAAUGGGAGGAAAACUUGGAUGUUCCAUAUCUGUCCUAUUUUAGACCUUAAAUCUCUGAAUAUGUUGUCUUCGUAUUUUUCAGAUAACUUAUAACAGAAGUCAAAAGCCUUGUGUAUUGCUACAUGUUUACUCUUGCCUUGGUUGAUGACUUGAAACACUACUAAAAUGCACCAGAAGCUCUUGAAGAGCGCUCAUUACAUUGAGCUGGGAAGUUAUCAGUAUUGGCCUGUUCUUGUUCCUCGAGGGAUUCGUUUAUACACCUAUGAACAGAUUCCUGUGUUCCUUAAGGAUAAUCCUUACAUCACUGACGGCUACAGAGCAUACCUACCUUCUAGGCUGUGUUUAAAAAGUCUGUUCGUUUUGUCCAAUGAGACAAUCAAUAUCUGGAGUCAUUUGCUGGGCUUCUUUCUCUUCUUCACUUUGGGCAUAUACGAUAUGACUUCUGUGUUGCCUUCUGCGAAAGCUUCCAGAGAAGAUUUUGUUAUUUGUUCUAUUUGUCUUUUUUGCUUUCAGGUCUGUAUGCUUUGCUCAGUAGGAUAUCACCUCUUCUGCUGUCAUCGCUCAGAAAAGACCAGUCGAAGAUGGAUGGCAUUGGAUUAUGCAGGAAUUUCGAUUGGGAUCCUAGGCUGUUACGUGUCAGGAGUUUUUUAUGCAUUUUACUGUAGUAAUUACUGGCGUCAAGUAUACUUGAUCACGGUGCUUGCUAUGAUUUUGGCAGUAUUCUUCGCUCAGAUUCACCCCAAUUACCUCACUCAGCAAUGGCAUCGACUGCGCUCGGCCAUCUUCUGCUCUGUGUCAGGCUACGGGAUUAUUCCCACCAUCCACUGGAUUUGGCUUAACGGUGGCAUCACGGCAUCUAUUGUACAGGAAUUCGCUCCCCGAGUUAUUGUGAUGUACUUAAUAGCCAUCAUAGCGUUUCUCUUCUAUAUUUCUAAAGUCCCAGAAAGGUAUUUUCCAGGACAGUUAAACUACCUCGGCUCCAGCCACCAACUUUGGCACAUUUUUGCUGUGGUGAUGUUGUAUUGGUGGCACCAAUCUACCAUGUACAUCAUGCAGUACAGACACAGCAAGCCUUGCCUGGAUUAGAGUAACGCACCCAAGUGCGUCAAAAAUUCUAUCCUUGUACCGAAGUUUGGACAUGUCUGCAUUUCAUGCUGAUUUUAGGAGCAACAGCCACAGUUCUCAUUGAAUCCUCUUUCUUUUAGGAAUAAUAUGUUAAUAGGCACUCCUGAUAUCGUUGAUCUCCACCAGCUGAGUAACUCUUUAUCCACUUAAAGAGGUUGAAAGAACUGCAGAUAACUCUGUUGUAUAUACACGACUUUUCUUCGAACUACUGAUAUAUAAAUUAUAAUAAAACUUGGACCUGGAAACUGUUUAUGCUAUCAACGAGAAAAGUUCUCCAAAAUGCAUGCAUGUGAAGUUCUCAUGACAUUUGCAUGCUGGGAUCUCACUUGAAAAUCCAUGUUAACUAUACCUUUUUAAUGUGCUCUGUGUUGUUGUGCUGACGUUUCAUUUGAAAAAAAAAAUUCAAAUAUGAUAGAUUUUUUUUUUAUUGGAGUUCCUUUUCCUUUUAAUAAAAGAGUCUCCAUGGAUUACCGGCGGGUGACUUUUAUCUUCAAACUAAGAUAAAUCGGUUUCUAAUCUUGGGAGCUUGUAGUUAGUGAGUCCAACAUGUGACAAGGGUCAAAAGAUUUUAGACUUGACUACAAAUGGCUGCAAGUAACCCUCGCCACAAACUUGACCUGCUUGCUACUACUAAGAUAAAUGGAAUUCUUCUGAGCCAUUCUUCAGGAUAGUACCUGCCUAAUGCCAAACACAAAGUGCUUGCUUGUCCCUUGACAGCACUUUCUGCUGCCCUGGAAAUUUUGAAGAGAGAAAUUCAGCCAAUGCAGGAAAAAAAAUUAAUAUCCGACUGGAAGCAUGGCCACUUCAGGUUUUGAGAUUCCAGCAGCCAUGUCUCCACAACCUGGUGUCAAAAAGGGAUUUUGCAGAGAAGAAUGAAGGAGAAAGGUAAAUGAAACGAACGGCAAUACCAGAUUUCCACCUCUGAAGUCUGUAACUGCCCCAGGACUAUCAGCAAAGUUGAUAUGUGCCAAGAUCUGCCAUUGAAGCUGCAAGCAUGGCUAUAGAGCAAGGGUGUCAAACUGGUGGCCCACAGGCCAGAUGUGUCGUGCGCAGGCCACGUCCAACCAAGCUCCGCAAAGGCAAAAAACAUUGCGAUACAUCACGUGACAUCAACAUGAUGCGGCAAGUUUGACAUCAGUGCUAUAGAGGAAUCUCCAGAUGGUUUAUUGUGAAUGCAACUAAUUCUAAUGGAUUCCACUCCAACAUCUUUUUCCAUCUCCUAUGCCUUCCAUUUGUUUCAUGCUUUAAUGUUGUUUUUUGCCUGAAACUAAAAUGAAAGCUACAGUUUUAUUUCAGAUGUAUUCCUCUAGCCUGGGACAACCAUUACAGAAAACUGUACAUUCAGAGUUAACUACAGGUGACUUAUGUCAUGGCAUCAUCACUUUUGUUCUACUUCAUCUUAGAUUUUUAACUGCCUAGGAAAGUCAUGACAAUUGUUUGCACUGAAGUAUAAAGGCAAUUUUAUUAAGUUGCACUGUAGGUGUUGUGUAAAUAGUGCUUCAAUAAAUGGUUUGCCAAAACGUA